GUAUUCAAAAUUGUAUUAUUCUUUAGUGAUGUUUUCUAUAUAUUAUUAUAAUUUCUUAUCUUAAUUAUCUUUGAGUGUAUCUGCCUUACUUCACGUCGGCAUAAUUGCCCCAAAGGACAGAGCCAGUUAGGGGAAAAAAAAUGUGAUAACGGUUGCAAAAUUAUCGUAAAAACCUCGAUACAACCAAUCGCAAAACAGUCGACUCGAAAUAAUUGUGAAUAUUCAUUAUCAUAUCUCUUUGACGUUCAUCAAGUAAUGCAAAUAUAAUAUUUUUUCACUUAUCAGAUUGUUGUCCCCAAACUGCAGUAUCUCUACCGUGGUUAUAACUAUCAGUGUAUUUAAUAACGACACUACCAUAACUAAAAUAAAAAAUGCACAAUAUUGAUUCGGAUAGUGACGAGGAAUUGCCGCAGGGCUGGGAGGAGCGAGCAACAGAGGAUGGCAGCGUCUAUUAUGUCAAUUCAUUUACCAACAAAAUUCAAUGGGUGCACCCACAAACAGGACGAAAGAAAGUGCUCCCCAAAGACUUGCCAUUUGGCUGGACAAAAUCAGUAAAUGAAGAGGGUGAAACCAUAUUUAUACAAAAAGAAACUAACACCACAACCUACCUUGAUCCGAGAUUAGCCUUUGCAGUUGAUGAAAAGGAACAUGUGCAUGACUUUCGACAAAGAUUUGACGGUUCUUCAACAGCCUAUCAGAUCCUGCACGGAAUAGACUUAUCAAUGAAAUAUGUUUUGAUAACUGGAUGCAAUGCAGGAAUUGGGUAUGAAACAGCAAAAUCUAUGGCGAGGCAUGGUUGUAAUGUCCUAUUUGCUAACCGAAACAUGGAAGCCACCAAUGAAGCAAUUAAACAGAUAGUGCAAGAAACCAAUGCAUGUGAAGACAACCUUAAGGCAAUACAUUGUGAUCUGUCCUCAUUGGAGAGUGUAAAAAAAUGUGCUCUUGCUGUACCAACAGUGUUUGCAAAAAAUCUUGACAUGGUCAUUCUCAAUGCUGGCUUGUUUGGUCUUCCGUACACAGAAACUACAGACCAAUUAGAAACAAUAUACCAAGUAAAUCAUCUUAGCCACAUGUAUUUAGCUCUGUUGCUUGAACCAUUGCUUAAGAAAGGCUCCAGAGUUGUAUUUGUUUCCUCAGAAUCACACAGAUAUGCAAGUCUCCAAAACAGGUUCUCAAUGCAAAAUCUUGCUAUGACCAAAGAGGAAUACAGUUCAAUGAUGUCUUAUAAUAAUUCAAAAUUGUAUAAUGUAAUAACAGCCAAGAUGUUAAGUGAAGAAUGGAAAAGUAAAGGGAUCUAUGUAAAUUCCCUACAUCCAGGAAACAUGGUAUAUACAAACAUCAGCAAGUCAUGGUGGCUGUACAGAUUGGCAUUUUUAUUAGUCAGACCGUUUACUAAGUCACUUCAACAAGCUGCAGCGACAACUGUAUAUGUGGCGACGGCUGCAGAGCUGGACGGUGUCACUGGACUUUAUUUUAACAAUUGCUUCUACUGUGAGGAGUCAGCUUUGGCAAGGGAUAAGGAAAUAGCUUACGAAGUAUUCAGCAUGUCACUCAAAAAUAUUGUGGACAAAGUUGGCUCUGAACACAUACAGAAAUACUGUGAUAAAUACAUAGAAAAGAAAACGCCAUCAUGAUUAGAGAAUAUUAUUUAUUUCUUGAUAAUUUAUAUGUGUUUAUGUAAAAAAAUAAGACAAGAGACUUUUAAAAGAUAAGCAUAUUAGAUUUAUAUUUAAUAUAUUAUUGUGGGCUAUAGAAUGGUGGUGGAUGGUUAUAGCUAAUUACACUAAGUAUUAUGAACCACAA